UAUGUGUCAACCGGAGUUGGUUUUCCGCUUUGUGAGCUCGUGAAUACAAGUUAUUUCCUUAAGGCUACAUAUUUUUGUCGCCAGUUCAUGUUAUAUGUUAUGUGUACUGCAUGAUCUCUUCUGCACAGAUCCAUUCUGGCGUUGGAUCAAUGGCCACUGCUGCUCUGGCCCCAGUGGCUGCUCGGCCACCUUCCAGGUCAGACCAACAACAUAAUGGAAACAUUCAAGAACCUAGUCGACCUUUACGUUGGAGAGUCAUUGACGACCAACCACAUGUUGGAAAAUACAGGUUUAUACGAACCAUAGGCAAGGGAAAUUUUGCCAAAGUCAAAUUGGCGAGUCAUGUUAUUACGGGACAACAAGUUGCUAUCAAAAUUAUUGAUAAAACCCAGUUAAGUCCUUCAAGUCGUCAGAAGCUUUUCAGAGAAGUCAGGUUAAUGAAAUUGCUCGAUCAUCCAAAUAUUGUUAAACUCUUUGAAAUUAUUGAUAACGAUAAAAUUUUAUAUUUGGUAAUGGAAUAUGCUAGUGGUGGUGAGGUUUUUGAUUAUUUGGUCGCUCAUGGUAGAAUGAAAGAGAAAGAAGCUCGGGCAAAAUUCCGUCAAAUUGUUUCUGCUGUUCAAUACUGUCACCAAAAACAUAUUAUUCACAGAGAUUUGAAAGCUGAAAAUCUACUUCUUGAUGCCGAUAUGAAUAUAAAACUGGCUGAUUUUGGUUUUUCUAAUGAAUUUAGUCCAGGCACGAAAUUAGAUACUUUUUGUGGAAGUCCCCCUUAUGCAGCUCCAGAAUUAUUUCAAGGUAAGAAAUAUGAUGGUCCUGAAGUUGAUGUGUGGUCGUUGGGAGUUAUUUUGUACACAUUAGUCAGUGGGUCCCUUCCAUUCGAUGGUCAGACGCUCAGAGAAUUGCGUGAACGUGUUCUUCGUGGCAAAUACCGCAUCCCGUUCUAUAUGUCAACAGACUGUGAAAGUUUAUUGAAGAAAAUGUUGGUCCUUAAUCCAAGUAAACGAUAUACUUUAGAGAUGGUGAUGAAAGAUCGUUGGAUGAAUACGGGCUAUGAAGAUAAUGUAUUGUCGCCGUACACAGAACCUGAACCAGACUACACUGAUCCUGUACGUAUUGAGAUUAUGGUCAAUAUGGGCUUUAGUCGUGAUGAGAUAGAGAAGUCUUUAACUCAAGGCAACUUCGACGACAUUAUGGCUACCUAUCUUCUCCUUGAUAGAAGACGUUCUUCACUUGAUACAAGUUCACGUGAUGGUUCAAAUCUUUCGCUAAGGCAAAGUACUCAUUUACUUUCUGCUGCACCAAACCCUACAACUGGUCCACUAAUCUCAACUGGUGGUGUUAAUUGUGCAAGUUUGGAACAUACCUCAAAUAUUUGCGCAGACGAUACAUCGUCUGUUUUAUCUACAAAUGCUGAUACGGGACCAAUAAGUCAAAAUGCACAUUCAAGCUCGAAAUUUACGGUCAAUUCUGGAAGUGCCACUCGUUCCACAAGUACAACACCACCGAGUACAGUAACUGUAGUUAAUAAUGGUGCCAAUAACAAACCGACUGUGAAUAUAAUCACUCCUUCAUCAUGCACUUCUGAGUCGGAAAAUUCAGGAACUACGGUUACCAGUACAAGAAGUUCCAUUUCACCUGUCAAUUCGGUAUCGACGACUACGUAUUCAUCUUCAAGUGGGAACGCGACUGUGAACUACAAUACAGCCCUCAAUGCAAUUGAAGCAUCUUGUCCAUCUAGUAAUGUUGAAUCUAUUAAGCUGAUGCGAAAUGACCUCGUUAGAGCUUCAGAUCGCCCUGGUCGAGAAGAAUCUAGUCGGAUUUUGGCACGAUUACGAGGCUUUACUGAUGAAAUGGCCACUCCAGUUGUUGGUGGGGGUGGCCUUACUGCUUACCCGAACGUUCCAGGUCAACGAACAAGUAUUGAUGCAGGUACCAGUACAGUUCGUCCAACUACUGCUGGUCAGAGAAAACCUAUCACUUCACAAGGUUUGGGUGUAAAUACGAAAUCAUCACCAAACUCCAAUUCAGUUAUGGCACGCCGUACUCAUACUAUCAAUUAUGCGACAACAACUCCAACAUCUAGUGAUCAACAGCAUGCUGUUAGGCGUCAGCCAGUCUAUACAAAUGCAGGAGGACGCAAUACUUGUGUAUUUGAUAAUGCUAAUCCUAGAAACUCUGUCGCUCUUUCUGGUAUCACUGGUCUCUCCGGUGGAUCUGCUUUAUCACCGUCAUCUGAUAAAUCUACAUCUGGGUCGUCAAGUGGAAGUGGUAACAAUCAAGUUACGUCUAACGGUGCUGGAAGAUUACCAUCUCAUGAAAUUCGCAGCCAUGUUACUCCUGCACUUGUUCCUAUGACUACUCGUACAAAUAAAGUGCAUCAUGGUGCAAAUAUAUCUAGUGGUACUAGUGGUGCUUAUCAUGCUGGUUCAUUAUUGGAAAGAUCUGCAACGUUGAGUACAGCAGGUUCUAGUACUAGUGGAAAUGGAACCUCAUCGAAUCAAUGUGCUUCUUCAACACGUGGAACUGAUGUUGGAGCUGUAGAUUUACAUCGUAAUCAACCUUGUGCUAAUAUUGCUAGUCGAAGCGGAAUCAACGAUCAUGGUGUAACAUCUUUCAAUCGCAACGAUUUAACGUAUAGUUCUCUUAGAAUGGGCGCGUCAAGUAACCAGACGGGGUGUAACACUACGUCUAUUGCUGCACGUCGUGUAGUUACAAAUGCCAGUAAUAACACGUCUUCUGGCUUUAAUAAUGGUAUAGGAACUAUCUUAGAAACUACACCUUUUCCUAGGCUUACUCCAGAACGUAGAACUAUUCACUCGACAAAUUCGCCGAACAUUGACUUUGAUUUUGACACAAAUAAUCCAAACUCUAACACAAUUGCUGCUCGUUGUAUGAAUGUACCACUUGCUGGUGCUGGGGCUACAAAUAAUAGUGGUAUGACUCACUUGACUCCUUCUGGCACCGGUCUUACAUUCUUCAAAGCACUUACUUCCAAAAUCGGUCGACGGGGACCAAAUAGCGGUGCAGUCGGCAAUAUGUCUCAUGCACUUACUGGUGGAACUGAUAUUUCGCAUGUUCCAUUCUCCACAGCUGAUUCUAAUAUUGGAGCUUCCGCAACCAGCUCAGGAUCAGACUAUCUACCUGGCGAUUCAGUUUUCUCUGACUCUGGUGUACAUGGAACAUACAUUGAGCCUGUCAGUCAAUUAACUCCUGGAGGUAGUUCUGCUGGUUCACCUGUUUCUCAAGGUGGAAAUCAAACUGUUACUAAUACUGAUGAUAAUGGUAAUGAUCAAACGAAGCCACGAAGUUUACGUUUUACUUGGUCUAUGAAGACAACUAGUAGUAUGUGCCCUGAUAACAUGAUCAAAGAAAUCAAAAAGGUUCUUACAGCGAAUAAUUGCGAAUAUGAUCAACGUGAAAGAUACCUUCUCAUAUGUGAGCAUGGAGAUCCGAGCACAGAUGCAAAUGUUCAGUGGGAGAUGGAGGUUUGUAAACUUCCUCGUUUGUCUCUAAACGGUGUUCGUUUUAAACGUAUUUCAGGAACUUCUAUUGGAUUUAAAAGCAUAGCUUCCCAGAUUGCUAACGACCUCAAACUAUAAUCAGCAACACUUUUGUUUACAUACUGACGUGUUUCAUAUCUUACUUCAAAUAAAGCUAUCGGCCUUUCUGUAUACUCGUAAUGCCAGAUUUCAAUUAUGACUACGAAAGAUCUUGAAUAAUAUUAACACAUGCUCAAAGGUAUAGUUUUUAUGCAGUAAUUGUUCGUUUUUUCAAGAUGCUAUACUGGGGCAUAAUAUCUUUGUUUUGAUACAGCCCACAAUGACAUGUAUUUUGUGGUUUGAAUUUGUUCUUUGUCUGUAUGCGUUUCUUAUGUACGCCAUUGUACAGGCCUAAUGAUUACUUCACAUGUGUGUAAAUCUUUUCUGUCAAAUCCUCGUUACUGUCUUAUUUGUAUUGUAGUGGUUACUUCCAACUAAAUUUUAGUGAAAUAUUUUUUGUACUUGCCAACUUCUUUUUCAUUUCCUAUUUACACAUUCACUCCAUUCAACAGCAUCAUGAGAGCUCAUUCAUUCUUUGACUCGUGGUCAUUUCCUCAGGAUUCUUUAUCUGCGCUGUUCUUAAUGAAAUAUCUAGAAACACUUGUUUCUCGUAAAUGUGUGCAUGAAAAAGAUGUCAUCUAAGUAGAUUAUGACCAGUCCUGUUUAAAUUAUAUGUAAUUUUGUACUUCCACUUGUCCUGGCUGUUUCAUUAUCGUUUGUCGAUUUUAUAUCUACUAAGUUCAACUAUUUAAAUAUGUCAGUUGUUUCCUAGUAUAUGGUGUGAUGGCUAUAUAUUCAUGUAGUAUUGUUUUUCAUUCUUUCAAAAUGAUCUCUUCUUUUAAUCUCACCACAUUUCACUUUUCGUGCAGUUGUAUCAUCUGUUGGUUUCAUGUUAGUAGUCUGUUAUUAGCCUUAUCACACUAUUCUUUUUCCUGAGGGAUGUUUCGUCACUUCCAACAUUUCAUAAUAAAAUAAAUAAUCAAUAUCUACGUUUAAUGCUCUCUUCCUAUUUUGUCAGUGGAUCGAAGAAUGCACAAUAACUACAUUACAUUACGGUUUUGCUUUAAAAUGAAUGCACUGCAUCUUGUGAACGCCUUUGAUAAUUUCUAAGGGGCUGUGUAAAAAGAUUGUGUGAGUCUUGUAUCAAGUGUUUUAUUUUUGUCUUCGGUAAUAAUAUCACUUUAAUUACUAGAUAUUUACAUUUUGUUCUGAAAUAUUUUUUGGAUCUUCCCUGUUUGCCGUAUUUCUCACCAGUACUCAUUGUUACAUGUAUUCUGUGAACAGAUUUAUGACAUACAUAAUUAUUAUUGCUCCUAUUCCUAUUGUUUCUGAAUCUCGUCAAUACUAGUAUUAGUAAUAAUACACAUGACUUUAAAUAAGCACAAAUUAUAAUCUAUUUGACCUCUUCCUUUCAAGUGCAUUUUCCCAAAUGUACAAACCCUAUACACACACACACACAUGAACUUGUCUGAUUGUUUAUAUUUUGUUAAAUUCUUUCAUCUUUUAUUUGUCUCAUUUUUUUUUCGUUCCUUGUAUUAUUACGUGUAUUUUCGAUUUGUGAUAGGGUGAUUCCAUUAAAUUCAUUGAAUAUAUUCUGUCCGGAAUGUUUAUUUUGACGUUGGUUUCACCUUCUCUUGUUAUUCAACACAGUUUAAAAGAUAUUUUAGCUUUCUGAAGUAUUGACAGUUAUUAGAAAUUUAUGCGGAAGUUACAUUGUGAUAUUAUUGCUGUUAUCUUUUGCAAAAUUAUAAACUAUCUCUUUCAAAAUAAGAUCUAAUUCCACAAUGUAGUGUAAUGUGUGUCAUCCGUAAUUAUACACUUCUCUUAUCUGCACUGUUUAUUUCAUCUAUCUAUGUAUAUGUGUAACUAUGAUGAGUGACAUAGCAAACCUUAGUGCGUUAACACUUUCGAUGGCAAAUUAUAGUAAUAAUAAUGGGUUUUUGCCGGUGACUUUUUGCGAAAAGGAUAAAAAGCAGCUUGCUUCAAUCUUCAUACUACCAUAUAUCACCAUUUUUACUUUUGCUUUUCUUAAUUAAAAUGUACUCUGUUCAACUGGUGUGCAAAAAUCUGUGUACCUUGGUAAGAAGACAAGUCAGUUAAACUUAUGAUUAACAUUGUGAAAAACUGUUUUGUACGUAAUAGAUUAUCUCUGUUAUAUCAUGCAUACAUUUAAAUUGUUACAUUCAAAUGCUUGCUUAUGCCCUAUCUUCUGUCUCUCCUCUUGAAUCAUUUGUGUCUCAUUUAGUUCAAGGAAGUUGUUCUUUCAACUCCGUCCUGUAUACCUACUUUUAAAGGCUAAAUCAACUUUACACAUGCGCAAACGUACAUAUAUGUGUAUGAAUCAUCUUUUUAACCUUAUAUGCAUAUAUUUGAACGUAUUUAUUAAGAUUCUACAGCCACGUGAUCAUUUCAAUGCACUCAAAUGUGUAGAAUUCCCACUACAGACAAAUGAAACUAGUGUUUAGCAAAUUGACUUUUUCCGUAUUCCGUUUUUCUUUGUUAGCGGUUCGCUAGGUUUUACUUGUUCAUAUUUUUAGUUACGCUAGUGAUAACAAUAUGGAACGCUUCAUUUUUAAUAUGGUCCUACGAACUCAAUAAUAUACCGAAUGUAUUAUUCAUACAUGAAGUAACUGCUAGCAUAAUAGCGAAACUCUA